GAUAAAAAUAGAUAAUGUAGAUCUCUAGAUAUAGAAUAUAGAUCUAGAUGAAUCUACUUGAUGAAUUUAAAACUUUUGAAAAUCUUAAAGUUAAUUAUGAAUAUAUCAAUAAAUAAAAUUAUAUUGAUCUAACUUUAAAUAAUCUCAGUUUAAAUUUUUUUGUAAGUUGAUGAUCUCUCUACUUAUUUAGCGAUAUUAUUAUUUAGAGGUUAACUUCCGACUUAUCCAACCAAUCAUUGAAGCUGUUACAAGCGAUCAUUGCAGAACUACGUAACUAGUGACCUGUUUAUAACACUAAACAAACUUUGUACAGGGUUAACAGUGUCAACGUACUCGUUGGGUUGUGUUUUUGUUUUUUUUUAGAUCUAUAACAGCUGAUUCGUUAAAAGUAGUGCUACAAGAUAUGUAGAUCUAGAAAACAAUGUAUUUAUUAAAUGGAAAUUAUUUGUACUUUGGAAUCAGUGCUUUCUUUAUUCUAAGUUUAAACGGAUUUAGAUCUUCUACAGCACUAGCAGUGAGUCCUAAAACCACUUCGUCGAGUCGCCGUCUGCUUUCAAAGAAUAGCAAAGAAAGUGAAGAAAACACUGACGUCGAUACGGUUAAAAAUGUUUCAUAUAGUUUUAAUAUUUCUACGUGCUCUGUUCAGAUAGAUGGAAACAAUACAUCUGUAAUAAAUUUGAAAGCAUUAGCGAGAGAAGAUGGGUUUCCUCGAUUUUACACCCAGUUUAAUGUCUCCACUGUUGCUGUUGAUAAAACUUGGGAAUAUUCAUUCAAUCCUUGUUUUCCUGUGAAUCUACCUCCCAAUAAUAUCCAUGCUGUUAAUCUAUAUGGGGAUGGAUGCUACAGUGUUUUGUUGUGUAAACAUGGCUACCAGUCUUCCAGACUCUACUACUUCCCACUGGGCAUUCAUGACCAAGACAAAGUGGAAGUCAAAGUCAAAAAAGAAAACGACACGCCCAUCAUCACAUUAAAAUUUACCGGCAUAAAGUCUAUGAGGUCAUUUAAAAGUCAUGUCAAGCUGAUAUGUGACCGCAAAAGAACAAAUGCUGAUGAUGGGCUUUUCACAGUUGAAAUGGAUAAUGGUCAAAAUAUGAUGAUGGCUGAGCUCCGUCACCUGUGUUGUUGUCCAGGGGCAUGUAGUGCUAAUGGAACUAAUUUGCCUAAGAAAAAAGAUGCGAAAGUUGGUGCAGAUGGAGAGUUGACACUGGUCAUUGUGGGUACAUUGGUCAGCCUGAUACUGUUUGUGGCUCUGAUUGGUGGACUGUGCUAUGUCAAAAGAACACAUCUUCAGUUCUAUUACAAGUUACCUGCCAUCAAUCCUAGUGGUACCAACAAUACCAGUAUUUACCCUUCACUGAAUGGUAAGCCAUCACCCGGCCAGAAGAACUCAGACUUCAGAGACUAUGAGCCUGCAAGUAUCUCCAGUGCCAGAAAGAAGAUGAUCCCAGUGUUGGCUGAUUGCAAAAUUAAGAUGGAGCAUGUGGAGAUGGGACAGAGACUUGGUGGAGGUAUAUUUGGUGACACACACCUGGCCAAAUGGAAUGAGAUGACAGUAACUGUGAAAAGACUGACACUGGCUAUCCAUGAUAACCAGCUGACAUCGGAGACCAUGGAAUGGAUGGAGGAGGAAGUUUGGUUCUUGAGUCGACAGCGCCACAAGAAUAUAGUGUGCAUCCUUGGUUUGUGUCUGAAUGGACGUCUCCCAUUUCUUCUUACUGAGUAUGUAAUAGGUGAAUGUCUCAAAGAUUUUCUCAAAGUCAACGGAAAGUUGUUGACUUGGCCCCAAAGAGUCAGAUUGUGUAGUCAAGUAGCUGAUGGCAUGGCAUUCCUUCAUUCCACUAAACCUCCAAUAAUACACAGAGACCUCCGAUGUGGAAAUUUGUUUUUAUCUGACAACGAUUUAGUAAAGGUAGCUGACUUUGGUUUGACAAAAUUAUUACAGCCGAUGAGAGAGCAGUGUAAUUCUGAUGACUGUGGAUGUCAACGUCAUCUGAGUGCCUGUCCAGCGACAGUCAGAUGGACUGCCCCAGAAAUCCUGACUCACCCAAAGACUAAGGAAGGAGAGAAUGGUAUCAUCAGCACAGCAUGUGAUGUUUACUCUUUUGGUAUGGUGAUGUGGGAACUGGUCCACUGUAAGGAUCCUUUUGAUGAGAUUGGAACAGAGCUUGAGGUGAUAGAAAUUGUGAGAAAUGGUGGCCGCCCUGACACACCUCCAUCUUAUGAAAUGAUGCCACAUUACAAAGAUCUUAUGAAAACUUGCUGGGAUCAAAGGCCAAAUACAAGACCACAAUUUAAACAUGUUGCUGUAAAACUCAAAGAAUUAAUAACAAAUGCAAGAUCUUAUCAGAAACAAGUUAGCAGCAAAUCAAGGACACCAAAGUUAAAUGACGCAAUUGUGCAAGUUUAAAAAACAAAAGCUGAAUGGCUCUUUUGUUCAUGAAUGAAGGAAAAACUGUCACACUAAAAUUGGAGUUAUUAAGAAACUGAGUGACACUGUGCAGGAAAUGUGUUCACUGUGUGAACUUUUCAAGAUCUACUACUCUAACAGUUGUCAACUAUUUUAGUGUUGAGUUACUGCUUCCAAAUGUUACAAUGGAAUUCCUUUAGCUGUCACUGACACCAAACGAAGUUAAAAUAUACUGGAAAUAUUUUCUAAUAUUCUUUGAAAUCACCUCAAGAUUCCACAAUCCAGAACCUGGUGAGCAGAUUUCUCAGUGUGGGAUAUUUGCUUCUCCAGCCAGGCAGAAUUUAAUGCAAGUGAAAAUCCCUAUUCUUCUUGUGUUCAGUAUUUAAAUAUUUUUGUCAAUCAGAUGGUUCAAUGUCAUUUUCUUUCCAAUUAAAAUGUUUAUUUAGCUAAUGAUUUUGAUUAGUUUACAUCAAGUCUUAAGUCCUUUUAAUCAGUUUUUGUAUACGCUUCAUGUUCAAUGUGUAGCAUUGUUACAUGAAAAGAAUUCAAUGAACUAGACCUAUGUCUUUCAUAUUAGUGGUUUUUGAAAUGGUCAGUUACUUAACAAGUAUACCUCGCUAAGCAAGUUUUUUGCCAUCUUGCUAGUGGAAAACUUGUAUUCGUAACAGUGAAUGAUUUUGUAUUGAUUGUCUAAGAUAGAAGAUAGUGUUGUUCCAAUAAGCAGCUGAAGACUUAGUCAGGUAUUAUUGCUGUAUGUAUUCACUCCUGUGGAGCUCUUGUCAAUUAGUUCAUGUACUUAAGUGAUAUGGGGACAAAAAAAUGGCAGAUAAACUUUUUGUUCAUUAAGCUUCAUGCUUUUUGUAUCUGUUCAGAUAUGAAGAUGUUCACUUUUUGUACAUAAAUUUAUUGUAUGUAGACAAGAAUGGAAAAUGCUCAGAAAGAAUUUCUCACAUCCUUGGGUAGAAAGUUUAUUCAAAGAUUCUAGUCCAACACAAACUGUGCAUGUUAAAACAAAUGCAAUAAGUCCUUUGUUUUGACUCUUUGCUGGUGUGUGUGGCUUGACUCAAUCUUUUAUUUUUAAGUUGAAACCAUUGAUCACUUCAGUCAUAUUGUUAUUUCCUUACAUUUAGACAUAGAUUCUAAUUCUGUCAUAGAGCACUGAACACUAUCAGGGAAUAGAAAGAUUAUUUAAUAAACAUAAGCUCUUUUUUUUUUUAAACUAUUUCUACAAUAGUUUACUAUAUAUGUUUAAUUUAUAACAUCUCACAUCUAUACAUUUUUCAAACAUUGACCUUUCCAUAGAGUCAAUUAAAUACAUAAAGCAUAUAUCCAUUAUUGCUUUUUAAGUUUUUAAAUAUAAAUAUUGAAACUAUAUACUGAAUAUUCAUUAGUCAUAUAUUAAGACUUUUUAUAUAUUUUCUAUCAACAAAUAUGUAUCUAUUUUCUUGCAUGGUAUUAAUCAAGAGUGGCUUAUACAUUAUACACAAGCUAAGUACGUAUAUGUUUCAUUUUUAUUCAUGUGUACAUUACAAAGCUUAAAAUAUUCUAUCUUGCAAAAGGACCAUUAUUCCUGGUAUUGUCCAUAUUGUUAUCUUUUGAUGUGAGGAGGGAGGUUCUUCAUAUGUUACAAAGCCUAACUUCUUGUGGUGCAAUACUUCCCCUUUUUUUUUUUUUACUGUUUUCAUGUGCAAUUUUCAAGGCUUAGAAUAUCUUAGAGAAACUAAAUGUGUAAAUAGUAUUUACUGUGUGUCUCAGUAUGUACAAUACUGUUGUUUCUCCAGAGUGAGCAAGAUUGGUGUAAAUGUUAGACUUUCUUAAUAAGUGUUUAGACACCUUUUUAAUUUCCGAUGGCUUAACCUACAACUACAACAUAAUGGAAUUUCCCAAACUGUUAACUUUGCUUAAUAAGGUGUGUCCUCGAGUCUGAAGAUUAAUAAGGAAUGCAGUGUUUCCCCUGGCUACGCAGCCCCAGCUUUGCUUAGUAAGUCUCCAAACAAGUUGGUAAAAUAUGUAUGAAUGGACAUAACUAAACAAAAGCUCAGUCAGCCAAACAAUAGAAGAGAUGCUUACCACAAUCUAGCUUUAAAUGGAUGACUUUGUAAAUAGUAUGAUUCGGGUGUUAAUUGCAUUGUUCUUGUCUGGGUCUAUUGUUUAUAUUUACACUUUCCCAUUAAGUCUGUGUUCAGUCAACUGUUGUUACAUGGUUUGCCAAAAUUAUACAAGUUUUUUAAAAAUUUCCUCAUGUAAUUUUUCUUGUCUGUUAGAUUUGGAUAUUGUUAAUUGUAAUUUAUUUUAAUUCUUUAGAAAUCACAAGUUUCGGGCUUACAUAUUUGAAUGAAUAAUAUGAAACUACUUAGACUGAAUCCAGUAAAUAAUUAUUGUCUAUAGCCAAACAAAAAUAUCUAGCAUUGGGCUUUAAGUAUUAAUUUAAGUUUCAAAAAUAUCAUUUUGUAACUUUGUCUUGUAACUUUUGUUCAAACAUUUUAAUUUAAUGUUUUAUUUGUAACAGCUCUGUGUAUGUUAAGAAGUUAAUGUAAAAUUGGAUA